AUGGCGAUGAGGCUAGCGUACUCAAUUUAUGAGGCAAUCGGUCAUCGAGUCAAAAUUGAACAAGUAUGCGUCUUCUCCGACUCAGAAAUAGCUCUCAGCUGGAUUAGAACACCGACGUUGGAGCAAUCGGUCGGAGUUCUUGUGAAGAACAGAGUUGCUGAAAUAAGAAGAAUUUGUGAUGAGCUCAGAACCACGGUUCUGUUCGGAUACGUAAGUACAACCGACAAUCCAUCAGACUGCGGAACAAGAGGACUAACAAAGACAGAGUUUGAAGGGCACAUGUGGUGGCAAGGACCAGAGUUCCUGAAGCAUCCAUCAGUAUGGUCCAAGGAAUGUCGAAUGUUCGUCUUACCAGGUGAACAAACAUGCUCGAUCACAACAGCUACAAGCUCCUCAUCGGAACUUCUGGAUUGGACCCGACACAAUCAUCUGCCUUCCGCAAAAAGAACUUUGGCGUAUGUACUACGCUUCAUCCAUCGACUAUCGCAAAAGGUGAACACGGAGCUGAGAAAGCGCCUCGAGGCAAGCAUCCCAGAACUUCGCCAAAUGUCAACUGAUGCGUUCAUA